GCUCCAUCCUGCGCCGCUGGAAGAGAAACUGGUUUGUCCUCUACCUGGAUGGCAGCUUGGUUUACUACCACGACGCGACGCAGCGCGACAUGGACGGCCGGAUCCACGUCAAAUACAGCUGCCGGGACGUCAGGACCGGCCGUGAGUGCAGAGACGUGCAGCCUCCCGAGGGGAAGAACCGCGACUGCCUGCUGACCCUGGUGCUGCGGGACGGCUCCAAGACGACCCUGUGCGCUGAGAGCGAGGACGACGCUGUUGCCUGGAAGAUGGCCGUGCUGGAGGCUAAAGCCACCCCGGUGCACGUCUACGACCCCUACGAUGACGAUUACUACCAGACAGUUCCUCUGGACUCCCACCAGACUGCCUACAUCAGCUCCGGCCACUACGGCCACCAGUACGGAGCUCCCGGGGUGACCCACGUCAUCGUGCGCGAGGAUCCUUACCGGGUCUCUGGGGACCAGAUGGCUCUGGGGCUGCUGGCGGGGGCGGCCACCGGCGCUGCCCUGGGCUCCUUCAUGUGGAUGCCGUGUUGGUUUUAA